AACACAUUCAAAGGGUGUCCGCUCUAACCUGAUCAGUUUCACAAAAAGUCACUGAUUAGCUAGUUUGCUAGCCUCAUCUACUGCUGUGGAAUCUCUGAGAAAGACUUUGUUUUUUACAAUGGCUUACAAAAAUGAAUACUUUAAGGCGCAGAAUGCAUUUGAUCAUCUUGACCAGCUACUUAGAGCUCCACUGAUUAACAGCUUGGAUCAACGGUCUGCUAACAACCGCAGUAGUUCCUUGAAUGCUCUUGAUGUAACAGGGUUGGUUUCUCAGCCUGGGCCUGAUAUUCAGAACAUAAUUGUUGGACCCCCAGAGCCAUCUGCAUCGACCAGCUCAGCUUCUUUAGCUUUCGAUGUUGCCGGAUUGGUUUCUCAGCCGGGGUUUGAUAUCCAGAAUAGAGAUGCAGGACACUCAGAGCCAUCUGCAUCGACCAGUUCAGAUCAGAGACGAUCUUUGUUAAAAGUCAACAGGGGUGUUAAACGGCCCCAGCCAGACAAAUUAGCAACAAGGGCUACUACCUCAAGGCUUAGUACUAAGAGACGCCUAGCACCGACCCUGACACGUUGUAGCCCAACGACAACCCACGAAUCAGUUGAACUCCACAGUACAAAUGUGCUGAGCUCUCAGGAUAAUGUUGCUAACUGGGACGAUGCUUUGAUCAAAAGCUGGGACGCCUAUGAUGAUGCUGUGGUGCCGAAUGUCUCAGAGUCCAUAAGUUCUGCGGUGGCAGAUAGACCUUCAGACGUUACAAAUGCUGAUAAUCUUGUGCUGAAUAUAGAUGAUCAAGAUUUGAUAUCUGCUGCAGACAGUGUGGCCCCCACAACUGUUACAAAUAAUACAGAGCUGACCGGGGUGGUUAAAAAUCAUCAGACUGAAGAACUUAACACUGUUGAGGCUCCUGCUGAACAUUCUGCAUCGACUAACGAUCAAGCUCUACCAUCAAAUCAACAGUGCUUCAUUCAUGAACUAUUGCUGGAGGCCCGUGAACAUAAUCGACGUGUGGAGGAACAUAAUCGGCGUGUGGAGGAACAUAAUCGGCGUGUGGAGGAAAAACUGAAUGAACAAGUUGAACACCUCCGAAGAUUCAACAGUCAUAUUGAUAUGUUAUUGACAAACUCUGUUGAACAAGUACAGAUAUGCAGACUGGUUCAUGAACGUACAGGCUUUAUUGCUGAACAAAUGAAGAAGAUUGACAGCGGGCGUCGGGAGGAAUUCAGAGAACGUCAACUCACGGUAACACUGCUUUCUAAUAUUAAUAAUGCUGUUUUAGGCGGUGGCAAAUCCUGAGCAAUUUUUGAUUACACAUGUAAAGAAAAAUACGAUGGUUUCUUCUUUUUCUCUGAGCUGACGGGUACCAUGUGUUAGUUGUUUUUGAUAUGCUUUUACUGCAGUUGCAUUUGCGUAGUGCUGUACUGAUGGUGUGUUUGUUAGGUUAAAUUAGUUUUUAUUCACAUUGAUUUGUAUUAUAACAUUCUGUGUAAAUGGUGGGGUUUUUGUGAUGGGUAAAUCUUUAAAUUUUUUUUUUUGGUUAAUUACUAUCUGUAUAGACGUGUUUAACAGUGUUGGCUAGUGGUGUUGACUUUUUUAUUACCAGCAUUGAGAUUUAUUUUGAUUGUGGUUGUUUAUAUAGUAUGCAUCUGUAAUCAGAUGCAUAUAUUUCAAAAAUACAAAUAAUUUUUUUUUUUAAUUUUUGCUUAAUUACUAUCUGUAUAGACGUGUUUAACAGUGUUGUCUAGUGGUGUUGACUUUUUUAUUUUAUUAGCAGCAUUGAGAUUUAUUUUGAUUGUGGUUGUUUAUAUAGUAUGCAUCUGUAAUCAGAUGCAUAUAUUUCAAAAAUACAAAUAAUUUUUUUUAAUUUUUGCUUAAUUACUAUCUGUAUAGACGUGUUUAACAGUGUUGACCUUUUUUUUUAUUACUAGCAUUGAGAUUUUAUUUUUUGAUUAGGGCUGUUUAUUUAGUAUGCAUCUGUAAUCAGAUGCAUAUAUUUUGAAAACAGAAAUACAUCUUUUAAAUAUGGCUGGUAAAAGAGUACGUUCAGAUGAUGAUCUACAUAGCUGUUCAUCGGAGUAUGAACAGAGACCUUCUAGAAGAGCUAGAUAUGAUGCUGAUGAUGAUGAUGAUGAGAUGGUUAUAGUUGAGCGGUUGCAGGGCAUAAUUAAUCAGCAGAUUGAGGCCUUUGGUCCAGACUAUGUAAAUCUAGCAGAUAGAUUAGAGAGUCUUGUACAAACACAAAGGUCUAAUAAUGAACAGCAUGGGAUGAUUUUAAACAAUAACAUGUCUGAGAUAGUAUCAGAUCUGACAUUACAGGAUCUAAUAACCACAGAGGUUGAAAUGUUAGACUCAACUGAUCCUAAUCUAUGUGAAAGAUUAGAACAAUUGAUCCAGACACAUGCCAGUGAUUCUGAACAGAUAGGCACUGGGUUAUUAGAUUCUGUAUUGUCAGAUCCCACAGGCCCCUUUGCAGGUUUAAGUCAGAAUGAUGUUGACAGACGAGAUGGCGGUGUUGUAGGAGGAUACACUGUAGUACCAAGACCCUAUUUCAAUGGUUUAGAGUUACAUAGAGAUCUGAAUCUGAGAGAAAUUUCAUCCCCCAAUUUAGCUGCAUAUACUAUAUUUGUGCAAAACGUAUUGUCAGAGAUGGUGUCAUUUUCCAGACAGAUGGCAGGUCAGGGUGGGUUUAUUAACAUUAGCUUGAGAGGACCUAGUCUAAAACGUGAUGUGAAUGCUGUACUGUCCCCCGGUAAUGAUUACACUGAGCAGGUUUUUGUAGACCAGUUUGAAGCUGUAAUGCAGAGUAAUGAAGGUGUGAUGGCUGAUGAUUCUUUACAAUUACAUGUAUCGAUAGCCAGAAGUAAGAAUGGUGGGGUUCGUAGGAAGAUUAUCGAUAUCGCCCAUGAUGAUGUGUUUAAGAGGAAGAAGAUGCAUUUAUUUUGUCCGAACAAUGUUGGAACAAAUUUAUGCUUUGCUAUCUGUUUAGCCCAUUUUCUUGAACCACAAACACCACACCAUGACUUAGAAGGAAGGGCCAUGACCAUACAGAAUGCUGCCGGUUU